UUCCCCAACAAAAUGAUAUCAACUUAUCAACGGUUUUCUUUUCUCUUUUUCUUUAUUUUUCUAUUAAAAAUUAUAACUCUAAUCUCUGUUACAAGUGGUAUUGGUUUAGGUUGUGUUAAUUCAAUUGAAGAAUCUGUUCAUCAUCAUCGUUACAAACAUCAUCCACAUUCAUGUCCCCGAUGUCGUGACCUUUCAACUCGUAAUAUAUCAAUUGCUGUUCUAGCUCCAAACAAUGAUUCACUUCCCUAUUCAUUGAAUAAAAUUCUACCCGCCAUCAUUUAUGCUGUUAAUUCCCUACAAAAGAAACCCAAUCUAGAUGGUAUAGCCAAUCGAUCUAUCAAUAUACUUUACCGUGAUACCGCUUGUUCAUCAACAACCGGACCAUUGGCAGCGUUUGAUUUUUAUAAUGAAGGUACUGCUGAUGUUUUCCUUGGUCCACUUUGCCCCUAUGUACUUGCCCCGGUUGCCCGUUACUCAGCUGUAUGGGAUAUACCCUUGCUUACCAGUGGUGGACAAAAUGAUAACCUUGACCAUCGUUUUCCAGCCUAUCGAACCCUUACCCGUAUGAAUGGUUCCUAUUCUCAGAUAGGAAUCAUUUUACUUCAUAUUUUACAAAAAUUUCACUGGCAAGUACUUGGAAUGUUAUAUCAUAAUUUUAAAGAUCGUACCAAGGGUAAUUCUGCCUGUUAUUUCACCUUAGCGGCAGUUUUUGCCAUUCUCGGUACUCGACCUUUCCACCGAGAUUUUGAUGAAACCGAUCCAGAUACGGAUUACAAAAGACUUUUAAAUGAAAUAUCAAAAAGUGCACGAAUUGUCGUUAUGUGUGCCUCAUCUGAUUCAAUUCGGGAAAUCAUGUUAGCAGCUGAUGACCUUGGGAUGUCAGGGAGUGGUGAUUAUGUUUUCUUCAGCAUUGAAUUGUUUACAAGUAAACAGGAAUCACGACGUCCUUGGUUUCGUGAAGAUGAUACCGACGAUCGUAACGAUAAGGCCAAAAGAGCAUACGAAGCUUUAUUGACCGUUACAGCUCGAGUACCAGACACACCUGAAUAUGCAAGCUUUGCCAAAGCGGUCAAGGAGAUAGCCAAAGAAAAGUAUGGCUACGAUUAUAAACAAGAAGAGGUCAAUACUUUUGUUACCGCUUUUCAUGAGGCUGUAAUCCUUUAUGCUGUUGCUCUCAAUGAAGCCUUAAGUGAUGGUCAUUCAAUCAUCAAUGGUACAGUAAUUACAAGGAAAAUGUGGAAUCGGACCUUUGAAGGGAUUACGGGUAAUGUUUCAAUAGAUGAAAAUGGCGAUCGUAAUGCAGAUUAUUCACUUUUGGACAUGGAUCCAGAUUCUGGUAACUUCGAAGUGGUCGCCAACUAUUUCUCAGCAAACAAAGAAGUUAUCGAUAUACCCGGUAAACGAAUCCAUUGGUCGGGUGGCAGGGAAACCGCACCACCCGAUACACCAGAAUGUGGAUUCGAUGGUGCCUUGUGCAUAGAUGAAGAUUAUCCUCAUCAUGGAAUCAUCUCUGCAAUUUUAAGUGCUCUUCUCAUCGCCUUGUGCAUAUUAUCAUUCCUAAUUUUUAGACAUUAUAAAUUAGAAGCUGAACUUGCUUCAAUGAGCUGGAAGAUUAAAUGGGAAGAUAUUUUAACGAACGAUAAAAGGAAACGAGGAAAAAAACUUGGAUCCACUAAUAGUAUUAAUCGUCCAAGUGUAACGUCAACAACUUCAUCCGAAACAAUUAACGCUGUUGAUAUUGGAAGGCAACACUUUGUCAGAACAGGUUAUUAUAAGGGAACUGUAGUCGCAAUAAAGCCCAUGAGGAAAACUAAAGUCGAAGUAACCAGAAGUCUCAUGCUUGAGAUGAAAAAGAUUAAAGAUUUACAACAUGAUCAUAUCGUACGAUUCAUCGGUGCUUGUGUUGACCCACCUCAUAUGUGCCUGAUUACUGAAUACUGUCCCAAGGGGAGUCUCAUGGACAUUCUGGAAAACGAUCAAAUUAAAUUAGAUUGGAUGUUCAGAUAUUCACUGAUGCAUGAUAUUGUCAAGGGUAUGUCGUAUCUUCAUUCAAGUGAAAUCCGAAGCCAUGGUAAUUUAAAAUCAACUAAUUGUGUAGUUGACAGUCGAUUCGUACUGAAGAUCACCGAUUUCGGUUGUCACCAAUUACGAAUUCCUGAUGAAAAUUUUGUCGAAGACGAAAAUGUCUAUUGGAAACGUAAAUUAUGGACAUCACCUGAACUAUUAAGACUGCCCAAUAUACCGUAUGAAGGAAGUCAAAAAGGCGACGUUUACUCAUUCGGGAUAAUUGUCCACGAAAUUGUCUCUCGAAAAGGGACAUUUUAUUUGGGAACCAAUAGUUUGACACCACAAGAGAUCGUCGAGAAUGUAAAAAAUAGUCCAAAGCCCGGUUUCCGUCCAAACGUACAAAAUGAUACUUGUGAUGAGGAAGUGAUUCAAUUGAUGCAACGAUGUUGGUCAGAGGAUCCAUUCGAUAGACCUGAUUUCCAGGCUCUUAAAUCAGUUAUCCGACGAUUGAACAGGAGCAAUGAGAGUGGAAACAUUUUGGACAAUCUAUUAUCUCGUAUGGAGCAAUAUGCCACCAAUUUAGAGGCGCUGGUUGAAGAGCGCACAGCUGAUUACCUGGAGGAGAAACGAAAAGCUGAAGAUCUAUUAUAUCAAUUGUUACCAAAAUCGGUUGCCAGUCAAUUGAUCAAAGGAGAUUCGGUGACCGCUGAAGCGUAUGACAGUGUAACCAUUUACUUCAGUGACAUUGUCGGCUUCACGUCGCUCUCAGCCCAAAGUACUCCGAUGCAGGUCGUCACUUUGCUCAACGAUCUUUACACUCAUUUUGAUUCGAUUGCUGAAAAUUUCGAUGUUUACAAGGUUGAAACCAUUGGCGAUGCUUAUAUGGUUGUUUCUGGUCUUCCAACUCGAAACGGGAUUCUUCAUGCAAGAGAAAUCGCCAGAAUGUCAUUAUCACUCUUAAAUGCUGUCAUGUCGUUUACAAUUAGACAUCGUCCUGGUGAACAAUUAAAACUUAGAAUCGGGGUACAUUCGGGUCCUUGUGUUGCCGGUGUAGUUGGACUUAAGAUGCCUCGUUAUUGUCUCUUUGGUGAUACCGUUAAUACCGCUUCGAGAAUGGAAUCAACGGGAAUGCCAUUGAAAAUCCAUGUGAGUCCAAAAACGAGGGAACUUCUUCUUAGGAUUGGUAACUUUGUCCUCGAUCUAAGGGGAGAAGUUGAAAUGAAAGGCAAGGGAAUUGUGACAACUUAUUGGUUACUUGGAGAGACCGAUGGUGAUGGGAAGACGAUUCUUUCUACUCCAUUAAUCAAUGAAGACAUUGUUAAAGAAACCAAUUUAUAAUGUAAAUCAACUGUGUAAAGUAUUUAAUUGAAUAAAAUGUAAAUUUUGUUUCGACUUUUGAA